GAAUAAGAAAACAAAGAAUCACAUUCCAGGAAGUCUGCUCUUGUUUCCCGAUCUCUACGCCCGCGCAUCGCCUUCUCCCACGGCUCUCAAUCCACGAAUCCAAAGCAACAAGAACUCAAUCUCUGAGCUUUGAUUUCCAGAGAUGAAGUCUUGAGGCAUUUUCCAUAGCCUCGUCUUUCUUUGGAUUCCUUUAGGAUCAGAGAAACCCUUGUUCUUCGUAUCGAUGCAUUCGUUGAUUUCUUUGAGACGAGCUGUAGCGCUGCUCCGGCCGAUCCCUUCGCCGAAGCCGGAAUUGGCCGCACUUGGUGGUAUCCGCUUCUGGUCUGGUCUCGUCAAGGCUAAUGGAAAUAGGGCUUUCCUCGUUGACACCUUGGCUCUGGUCAGGAAGCUAGAGGCGCAAGGGUUGCCGACUAAGCAUGCAGAGGCGAUAACCUCGGCUGUUACUGAGGUUUUGAACGAUAGUCUCCAGAAUGUUGCGCAGUCCUUUGUGUCCAAAGAGGAAAUGCAGAAGAGCGAACUGUUGCAGGAUGCCAAUCUCUCCAAGUUCAAAUCGCAAGUCCAAAGUUCACAAGAGCACCAUUUUUCUUUACUGCAACGUGAGACUGAGAAACUUAGGGUCGAUAUAGAGAAAAUGCGCAGUGAACUAAAAUAUGAGAUUGAUAAAGUUACAGCUGGACAACGUCUGGAUCUGAACCUAGAGAGAGGGCGCAUACGUGAUGAACUUGCCAAGCAAAACUCAGGAACCAUGGAACUCACUACCAAGCUUGACCGGGAAAUUCAUGCAUUAAGGGCUCAACUGGAAGCAGCAAAAUAUGAUGUUAUUAAAUACUGCAUUGGUACCCUUGUUUCAAUCUCUGCUGUUGGUCUGGCUAUUGCCCGGAUAGUGAUGUAGUAUAGAAGCAUUCUUUCUCUCGGAAAUUACCUUGAAACCCCCAGAAUUAGAAAAUACCAUUUUGUAGCAUUCAUUAAGUGGUAGCACAAUAACACAUCACUUUCCUAUUUUUUAGAUUCAAAUUGAAAGAACUAUAUAUGCAGUUGAACUACUUUUUUUAUUUUUAUUUUUUCUGCACCGUGGCUAUUCGUUUGGGAUGGUGUUAUGAUUUUGUUAAAAUUGAGACAAAGUUCACCUAGGAAGACUAAAGGGUGAUUAAUGCUCAAUUUUGUGUAAUGAAAAUUAAGGGGACAAAAAAAAGAAAAC